GUUGAUUUAUGUUGGUUACUCAUCAUGUGCGCAUGUACUUGCAUAUUUGCUGGCAACUUGGCGGCGGAUAAUUGCGCCUGUAUGGAAUGUAUAUGUAUACGUCUGUAUGUGUAUGCAUUGAAGUUGAUACUUCCCUUUUAAUUCAUGUGCUUGAGAGUUCCACGAUUCACUGCUGUCACUUACAGCGUGUUCGUAUCUGGUCACGUAUAUACACACGUUAACGGCAAUUGAGUAAAUUAUGCUUGUGACAUUUGAACACGCCCCUGAUUCUCAGUCCUGUGAUCACCUGUGAUUCAUUCAAUUGCAGUUAAUUUUUGGGCAUAAAGGUACACCUUGGUAUCAUGUCUGUAUUAUAAUAAUAUUUUUUAUUAUUCUCCGCCAUAAAUAAUCAGUGUUAACUUCAUAUUAUGAAGUAAAUUAUAGAUUAUGAAUGACUAUAUAUCGGCUUAGAUUUGAAAGGAAAAAUAAAAAACCGUUUACUAAAGGUUUCUAGUACGCGGCUUAAAAUGUUGAACGAAGUAGUCAAAUUCACUAAGCUGAGGUCAGCAACGGAGCCUAGUUUCUGGGCAAAAUUUGAAGAAUUGAAACUGGAUAAAUAUAAGCUGGAGGAUAAGAUAAAAAUAUCAUUAUGGGGAAGUUAUAGUCUUACGCCUACAACAGAUGGCAGAGCUAGUCUAUUAGUUUUGGAUUGUACAUCGUUUAAUGAAAACGCGGAGACAACGACGCAUGAUACAGCAGUUCCUUGCACUGGGUUCCUUGUUAAUACAAAUACCUACGAAGCAUUUAGAUGGACAAACCCUGAAACAUUCAUCAACUCAUUGGGGCAGCAUAUUUUAGAUGCCAUUAAAAAUGGCACUGCAUUGCAGGAACCAUGGCAAUUAACAUUUUUCAUCAUUCUUUCAUAUGCUGAUUUAAAGAGACAUAGAUUUCAUUAUUGGACUGCGUAUCCGACACCUUUUAACUUACCUGAAACAUAUCAUUAUCAAGAACCACGAUCUGCUACAUUAGAAUUUACACAAGAUAAGAUCGAUGAAUUACAGAAGAGUUUUCUGAAAUUACCAGGCAAAAGCAAAUGUUUUUUCUGUGUUUUUAAAACUGGUCACAACUUGGAAGUUGUUAGUCUUGCCAAAGGAGUUGAAUGGAUCAAAUCAAAUGUUGAAAGUCAUAAAGACUCCAAGUUGGAUAAUGAUUACGUAUACUUUGCUUUCUACGAUCCCUCCACAGAGUUGGAACCGGGAUGGCCACUACGUAACCUUCUAUGCCUUCUUUUUUGGCAUUGUCCCUUUUUUAGUUUUCAACAAGAAAUUAAAGUCCUGUCAGUAAGAGGACAAAAUCUACAUGAUGCAAUUGUAUUUUCAUUAAAAGCUAAAACAUACGAUGAUUCAGAAAGUAUUCAAAGAGCGAUUUGUGAAAACCGAUUGGUCGGUUGGGAGACAAAUGUUAAUGGUAAAUUGGGGCCUAACAUUGUAGAUCUAUCCAGCUCUAUGGAUGUCAUUAAGUUAUGUGGGAAAGCAGUGGAUUUAAAUUUAAAACUAAUGAAAUGGCGUUUGGUGCCUGAGCUCAACCUGGAUGCGAUAAGUGGACCUCGAUAUCUUUUACUGGGUGCCGGGACACUAGGUUGCGCAGUAGCAAGAGUACUGAUCGGUUGGGGAAUUACAAAUCUUACAAUUGUUGACAGUUCCCACGUGUCUCACAGUAACCCUGUCCGGCAAAGUCUAUACACUCACGAGGAUGCUGUAAAACGACGUUAUAAAGCAGAAGCAGCUAAAGAUGCCCUUCUCCGAAUACGUCCGGAUUUGAAUGUGGAAAGUGUCAUCCUUCAGAUUCCUAUGCCUGGCCACGUUGUGGGUGAAAGCAUGUUGGAAACAACACGAAAUGCCAUAAGUCAACUAGAAAACUUAGUGUCUCAGCAUGACGUUUGUUUCUUACUUUUGGAUUCCCGAGAAGCUAGAUGGUUGCCUACUGUACUCGGAGCUACCUUCAACAAAAUAGUUAUCAAUGCUGCCCUCGGUUUUGAUUCUUACACAGUACAGCGACAUGGUUCUCGUGGAUCUUCGCACCCAGACUCUCCAGAUUUGACCGUUCAAAACCCCACUGGACAAGAUCUCGGUUGUUACUUUUGUAAUGACAUCACGCAACCAGGCAACUCACAGCUAGACAGGACUCUUGAUCAGCAGUGUACGGUUAGCAGACCAGGUCUCUCUCAGAUCGCAGCAGGACUUGCAGUUGAACUUAUGGUUGCGAUUACUCAACAUCCCCAAGGGAUCGAAGCCAAAGCAAUGAUGAAUUUUGGGAACGACCAAUCUAAUUCCAACAAAGACACCGUUUGCGAACCUGGCUUACUUGGAGGUGUUCCACAUACGAUACGUGGUUCUCUUUGGAAUCACGAAAUGCGAUUAACAAUUACGCAUAGGUUUCCAUCGUGUACUGCUUGUUCGGCACCAUUGAUAAAUGAAUAUAAGUGCCGAGGCAUUGAUUUCGUUCUCGAUGCUUGUAACCAGCCAAAUUAUCUCGAACGAUUAUCCGGCCUUGAAGAAUUACUGAUGAGACCUGGACUGGACGAGCUAUGUUAUGCCCUAGAGAUGUCUAGUGAUGAGGACGAGGAAAAUGUAAAAACAAACUGAAACUAGUAAUAACAUCACACAAACAUCUUAUAAAUACACGCUAUAUUGAAGAUGUAAGUUUUUCUAUAUCGAAGCAUAUCGCAUUGUUUGGCCAUUGGUUUAUUGAUGCAGUAGAAAAAUGUAAACUUUUUCAAUUUUUCUUUGCACAAUAUUACUUAGUGAGACGGACUAUGUUUUAAAUUGAUGUUUACAUAUGCAAUAUGACUCACGUUACAGUAUAAUCAAAACUAGGCUUUUAAAACGUAAGUAUUUUUAUGAAUAAUUAAAACUUGUUGACCACUUAAACAUUAUAUGUCAUUUAAUGAUAAUCUGUUAUGUAUAAUUUUAUUGAUAAAUAAAUUUCUACUUGUCCAUA